GCUGGACGUUAUGAAUAUCCGCGCGUCGCGCUUGCCAUCAUCCUCUCAUGUCCAUUUGAUCAAUUUGCUCCCCACACUUGCAUGUCAUUUCGAGCGACUCUAGUCGCCCUAGCGCAACGAAAGUCCUCAAAAGAAUGGUUAUCACGACAGUCUUCAGAUCCUUGGAUCAAGCAACGCGCUCAAAAUGAUUUCUAUUCGCGUUCAGCCUUCAAGUUGUUGGAAAUCUCAGAAAACUAUGGAAAUUUCCUCGACAAACAGGAUGUUGGAGUUGUGAUUGAUUUAGGUGCUGCACCGGGAGGAUGGAGUCAGGCUGCUGCCAGAAAACUGGGAUGGGAUGUCGAUUCUGUGAAGAAACCUGGCAGUUAUGGUCUCAAGCAGGAGCUGGAUAAGAAGGGGAAAGUUGCGGGUGACUCUUACGAUCCUCUUAAUAUUGAUGAUCUCGAGAAAGGAUACGAGCAUUCUCCCGAUGGGCGUGCUAUUGUCGUUGCAGUUGAUUUGUUGACGAUAAAGCCCAUUCCUGGCGUACAGUCACUCAAGGCCGACUUUCUUCAUCCCCUCACGGAGGGUUUGAUUCACGAUGUACUUGUGCGCUUUGGGUUUGGGUUUGGCCGACGAAAAGCCGAUAUUAUUCUCUCGGAUAUUGCAAUGAACAUGACUGGCGUUGCAGUACAUGACGAUGAAGCCAGUUUACGAAUUUGCCAUGCGGUGUGGGAGUUUGCGAGAAAGAAUUUGAGGACUGCCUCAGAGAUUGGCCGUACGCGAGGUGGUGUUCUGUUGUUGAAACAUUUUACCCAUCCCGACGUCGACGCGUUUAGGCAGAAGUGUCUCGUUCCCAACUUUCGCGACGUUACUUACAUCAAACCCCGCUCAAGCCGAUCUGAAUCGAAAGAGGCGUAUUAUCUCUGUCGAGGUUUCGAGCCCGAGACUAUCGACAAUUUUGAUUGAGAAGUUCCACACCUAUCAUCGAGUAAUAAUGGCAUUACUACGAGCACUACGGGAGGGGGCACUACUAGAUGGUAUAUACACUUAUAAGUACGCUAAACUAAGAGGAAACUGUUAGGCUAUAAUCGUAAUGAUACGUCAAAAUAAAUAGUCAUGAACGACAUCUCCACAUGUCCUUGAAACCCUUUCGAAAUUUCUCCAUUUUACGCUUCAGUGUAUCGGUAGCACCAGGCUGCCGUCCCACAUCUGUAUCUUCAGUAGGUCCCCUUACAUUCCUCGCCAACGCUAACCUCAGUUCCAUCUCCUCCUUUCUCGAAAGCGCAGGUGCGGACUGGUGGCGCUCGUUGUGUUUUCUGACAGCAGUGGUUGUUUCGGUACCGACGCCAGCACAAACGCUAGAAGGACUGUUCACGAACGUUGACACUAAAUCCUCCGGAUCCUGAACGCUCUGACUCUGGGAAGACAGUCUGGCAUUACGAGGGAACGAGAAGGAAGACGGUGGAGAAGCAGAGCGAGUAUAAGCUAAUGUCGUAGUAUCAGGAGAUGACAUGUCUUUGCGGAUGGCGCUGUAAUAGGGUCGAUUUGGAUGCCCCAGCCGAACAGAGUUGGGUUGUGAGUACGAACGUGCGUGUGCUUGAAAACUCGUAAUGGGUAUAGACGUUGAUGAGGAAUUGCGUUUAUGUGUCGGUGAAGAAGGUGAAGGGGACGGUAAAGAUAUUAAGGCUGGUUGAGAAUGAGGCCGAGGAGUUACUUGUGAUGUUGGUAGAAACAGUGGAUCGUCUAUCACGGGCAUAGGGGCAGACCUGCGGAAAACGUUCAUAUUAUCCUUCCGCUUCAGUGUAGAUUGCUUGCAUGGCGAAUAAGUCGGAGAGGGAGAUGCGAUGGAAAUCGAAGGAGGCGAAUUAUUGGCAUCACUGAGAACAGUGAAAUUGUUCGUGGAUAAGGAGAGAGAAGGUCGUUUCGUCAACUUCGUAGUAUUUUUCAUGGAAGAGAUCGGGCGGGUCAUGAGGUUCUCUUUGCUCUCCCUAGCAAAAGGCUGC